GCUUCAAUUCCCAUACAUUGCCCUCAAUUGCUAUGCGCGUCCUUAUUGCUGCCUCUUAGCUGAUGGCGUAAGUAAGCUGACUACAAUAUUUUCACAGCCUUGCCCAUCAUUUUCAAUUAAAUCUAUAUCUCUUCUCAGGAUGGCCCCUCUCAAGUAUGUCGCCCUCGGCAGCUCCGUCGCGGCCGGCCCAGGUAUCCAGCCCAUCACCAACCGGUUUGCACGGCGCUCUGCGAACAACUAUCCCAACAUCCUCGCGAAAAAACUAGGCGCCGAGCUUACCGAUCUCUCCGCCUCAGGGGCCACUCUCAAAAACAUACUGUCUGUGCCCCAAACGUCCUUCUAUUUGAUCAGCUUCGAGCCGCAGAUAAAAGGCAUCCCUGCUGAUGCCGACAUCGUCACCAUCUCUGCUGGCGGGAACGAUAUUGGUUACAUCACCGGUAUCAUGCGAGAUACCUGGAGUACAACAUUCUCUGGCCGUCUCCUUACCGGGCUGCUGCCUACCGCGGAAGACCUGAGCAACCAGGACGUCGCUGACCGCUUCACGGCUAUUAUUGACGAGAUCCGCAAAAUCGUCCCCAAGGCUCUCAUCGUUCUGGUCGAGUAUCCGACGGUGUUUGGAUCGGAUAAGCCGAUUCAAGAUAUCCCUCUGGAUAAAGAACGCAUUCGUCAUCAUCGGACUGUUGCGGAUUCCCUUGAGAAGGCGUAUCAGUUAGCGGCCAAAGCUCGUCCGGGCGUGAAGCUCGUUUCCGUUGGCGAGCGCAGUCGUGAGCAUGCAGUGGGGUCGAAGGAGCCGUGGGUCAGCGGGAAUGUGGGCACUUUUGGGUUCCAUCCUAAUUUGGAGGGCAUGCAGGCGGUGGCAGAUAUGGUUUAUCAGGAACUGAAGUCUGAGAAUCUCGUCUAGAACUGGGAAUAUCUGCUUUGUUGCGUCUGUUCUUAUGAUAGACGCCGCCCGUUCGAUUUAUUUAUUAACUUGAAAUUGUCGCUAUGCAUUCAUUGGUCCUUGAUACCAUGAAUGAGAGACUGAAAAUGGGUAGAACUAAGUCUGCGUGGAUGAGACUGAGGUUCAAUAAAUACCCCGCAAAGAGAGGUGUUUGAACCGAAAAGAGAGGCCUUUUAGGAUUCGGCUCAAUCCUUCCCCAAACUAAAUGUGACUUGACGCCUGCUGCCUCGAAAAGCACUUGGUCGGUUCAAAUGGGGAAUAAUUUAGGCAAAAGAUACUCCAUGCGAGCAAGCGGCGCAAAUAUCCAGGAUAUUUGGGGCCGGCUUGGGGUCUAUAAACGGGGUUGUUUCUUAAUUCUAUACAACAACUUUUGAGAAACGGCGAAGAGAUAGUUGCUGAAAGGGAGCCCAGGGGUGGGCAAUUUAUUCUAAAUGGCCGGGGAAAGUGGUUGACACGAUGGUAAUAACAUUUUGGUUGUCUAUCAAGGUAUAAUAAUUUAAUUGGCAUAAGUUAACUUAUUUUAUUUUAUUUUUGGAGAAAUAGCAAAGUUUCUUGACGUUAAUUGCAGAAGCAACAUGAGGAGAGGUGGGCGAUUAUCAUGUUAGGUUGCACAAUUUAAAAGCCAUGAAAAGCGUCCUCUACCAAGCAAUCUGACGCGUAUAUGUAUAGCUCUAUGUAUAGCUUUAUAUCGAAGUCUGUAGAAACGCCCCCCCCUCCC